AUGGCUGCAACAGACAAGCAAUCAAAUGUUCAGCUUGAGAAGGAAGCUGAAGAUGAAGAAUAUGAAAAUUGUAGCCAAGAAUGCAAGGACCUUCUUCUUUCUCUUCCCAGAGAGAAGGGUUGGGGUGUCCCUUACAUUUAUCUCUACCAAGACAUUUGGUUGAGGCCAAUUCGAAUCCAAGCCAUAUCCACUUUUCAAAAGCAGUUCCAAGCAAAAGACAGUGAUAUUAUUGUAGCUUCCUUGCCAAAAUCUGGCACCACUUGGUUGAAAGCCCUUGUUUUUGCCAUAGUGAAUCGCAAUCGUUUUUCUCCUUCACAAAAGAACCAUCCUUUACUCAUUUCAAAUUCCCAUGAUCUUGUGCCUUACUUUGAGUUUCACCUUUAUGGAAAAAGGCAGAAUCCAGAUCUCUCCAACUUGCCUGAACCAAGACUUGUUGGCACACAUUUCCCAUUCCAUUCCAUUCUCGAUUCAAUUUCCAAGUCCAAAUGCAAGAUAAUCUAUAUAUGCCGUAACCCAUUUGAUAAUUUCGUAUCUCUAUGGUAUUUCGGCAAUGCAAUUGCACCAUCAACAUCGCCCAGAUUAUCAUGGGAAGAAGCAUUGGAGAGGUAUUCAAAGGGAACCAUUGAGUUUGGUCCAUUUUGGACAAAUAUCUUGGGUUAUUGGAGAGAAAGUAUAGAGAAACCAGAUAAGGUUCUGUUUUUAAAGUAUGAAGAUUUGAAAGGGGACAUCAAGUUCCACUUGAAAAGAGUUGCUGAGUUCUUGAAUUGCCCAUUUGACUCGGAGGAGGAAGGAAAUGGUGUUAUUGAAAACAUCAUUGAGCUGUGUAGCUUUGGGAAGAUGAAGGAAUUGGAAGUGAACAAGGCUGGAAAAAUAUUGGACAGGUAUGAAAACAAGGUCUUCUUCAGGAAAGGUGAAGUAGGUGAUUGGGUUAAUCAUUUUAGCCCUUGGAUGGAAAAGAAAUUGUCCAAAACAAUAGAAGAGAAGUUGGGUGGGUAUGGUCUAUCCUUUUAA